AUGACCCUUGUGUCACUGCUUUCUCCACUCAUCGCAGCCACAGACAUCGAGCUGCUGCAUUAUCUCAACGAUAAAUGCAUGCUUCAAAAAAUUUUACCGCUACUUGAUGACUUUUUUACACGUGGAACUUCGCUACAAGCAAGUUCAGAUGACAUCAAAGAUGAUAGUGAAUCCAGAGAGCUUUCGAGCUCUAGUUGUGCUGUAUUUUCGCUCGUUUUUCGACUUGUAGACGCGCCACAACUACUUCAGCUUGCAAUUGACUGUGGUUUGCUACAUGUGACGCGGCUAGUUCCAUUCUGUCAGUUAUACAGCGUCAAGAACUCAGAUGCAGUAGGUGAACUCUUAGCCGUCAUCUACGACAAUGUUGCUGAAUUUUCAGCAACGUUGCUACAGCUACAGCAACUAUACUUCCAGCAACUGCAAACUUUACAAGUUACAGUAGAACGACUUCAGCGUCAUGAUGUAACGAAUCAAAUUCGAUACUGCCGCGAGCUAAGUAUCUCACUCUGUGGUAUGACAGCAGCUCGUUCUGUAUUACACGUGCUUAUAUUAGGUGGCUAUCAAUUGGAAUUAGCGGUACAGACUCAGUCGGUACUUUCUGGACUUGUACAGUUGUACGAGAUUGUACUUCCACGACUUCAGACACAAUUAACGACUUUUGAUGACAAGGCAGUGCCACAUGAGAUUUUGAUAAUUGCGGAAACUCGAUGGACCUUGUUAUUAUUAUUAGGACGUUGUAUAGAUGCUGUGAUGAGCAAACCAAUAGCAACAGGAAAAAGUGAAGAGGAGCUAUUGGCUGGACUACAUGCUCUUACUACUGGGUGUGUGGCUGAAGAUGCAGAACAAGGGUCGUAUUUGAGUGACUUGUGGUACUUGUGUGGGUACAAGAAUCAUGUGACGGCGUUUUUCGAGCGGCACAAGUUUGAUACCGAGAUUUUAUCGUAUUUGAUGAUGGUGAUUGAACAGCUUCCAAGACGUCAGACUAUACCCAUGAUGCAAUCACAUGAUCUUGCUGAUGAUUUAACGGCAAAUUCAGUGCAAUCAGUUGAUGCAAAGCAUGAGAAUGAAUCGAAAAAUCCAUUGGGUGAAGAAAUGGAUUUGCUUCCAAUGGUGCAGCAGGUGAAGGAGUUUUUUCCACAUUUAGGUGAUGGAUACAUUGAACUCUGUUUACUGAGUUCAAAUUGUCAUGUGGAAGGUGUGAUUAAUUUUUUAUUGGAAAGUAACCCACCGCCUAUGCUGAUUGAUGUUCCACAAGAUUUAAGCAAUUCAGAUGCUUCCUUUGUACGACUUCGAGCACAGAUUCAUGACAAUUUAACCUCUACUCCAAAGGCUGAAGAAGAAUCGAAGCUCGAUCCUACUCGAGUAUGGGUUGGUAAAAGAAAGAUGGAAAAGACAUAUGAUCCGCAAAUUAAAAAAAAGGAUGAGAAACUGGUCGAAAAGGUUAAGCAGCUUGUUGCCAUGUAUGAAGAAGAGGACAACUUUGCACUCUCAAGUGAUGAACGUCUGAUUGGUAACGAAGACGGUAACCAGACGCUUGAUGAGUAUGACGACGAUUACAAUGACGAGUUUGAUGACUAUGUGCCCUUUAGUGUACGCGACGGUGGUAAUUUAGACGAUCAAGAUGCAAUUCGUGAACAAAAUCGCAGAAUACGCGCCAAAGAAGAGAAGGACGCAUUUUGGGAAGCAGAUGCAUCGUCAACGAGCUCGAAAGGACAAGAACAAGGCAAAGAUAGCAAAUCACAACCGUAA